CCAGGCAGACCCAGACCCAGACCCAGAAGCAGCAAGAGGAGCAGAGGCAGCGCCGGGGACUUUCCGGCCAAGUUGCUGUGGGGCUUCUGCUUCGGACAAGGCGGAGACUCCUCUUGGCUUUGCGAGGGAGCCGGUGCCAUGUCCCUGCUGCCCUCCUUCGGCUUCACCCAGGAGCAGGUGGCCUGCGUCUGCGAGGUGCUGCAGCAGGGCGGCAACCUGGAGCGCCUGGGCCGCUUCCUCUGGUCCCUGCCGGCCUGCGACCAUCUGCACAAGAACGAGAGCGUGCUCAAGGCCAAGGCGGUGGUGGCCUUCCACCGGGGCAACUUCCGCGAGCUCUACAAGAUCCUGGAGGGGCACACCUUCUCCCCGCACAACCACCCCAAGCUCCAGCAGCUCUGGCUCAAGGCCCACUACGUCGAGGCCGAGAAGCUCCGCGGCAGGCCCUUGGGGGCGGUGGGCAAGUACCGGGUGCGGAGGAAGUUCCCUCUGCCCAGGACCAUCUGGGACGGCGAGGAGACCAGCUACUGCUUCAAGGAGAAGUCCCGGGGGGUGCUCCGGGAGUGGUACGCCCACAACCCCUACCCCUCGCCCCGGGAGAAGAGGGAGCUGGCCGAGGCCACGGGGCUGACCACCACCCAGGUCAGCAACUGGUUCAAGAACCGGAGACAGAGGGACCGAGCCGCAGAGGCCAAGGAAAGAGAGAAUACAGAGAACAACAACACCUCCACCAACAAACCCAACCAGCUCUCCCCCUUGGAGGGGGCCAAGCCUCUCCUGUCCAGCUCAGAAGAAGAGUUUUCGCCCCCUCAAAGCCCGGACCAGAACUCCCUCCUGCUCCUCCAGGGCAAUCUGGGCCACACCAGGACCUCCAGCUAUUCCUUGACCGGCUUAACUGCCUCCCAGGCGGCUGCAGCGGCUCAUGGGCUCCAGGCGCAUCAGCUCCAGGACUCUCUCCUUGGCCCUCUCACAUCCAGCUUGGUGGACCUGGGCUCAUAAUCUUUGGACUGACUAGCCACCCAGAGGUGGCAGGGAUGGGUGGUUUCUUUCCCCAGGUGGCUUGUAAAUAAGGGGACAGGAUCAUGGCAGGUUUUCCUUUUUCUUCUUUUCAUUUUGCUUUCCCAGAGUUUCCCUACCUGGCCAUUCGGAAAAGGGACUUUGGAAACAACACCAACACUGACAGUCUUUUCUUCUAGGUCUAAAUUCAGAACAAUUCCCAGGGAAUUCCCUGAUCCGGCACAAUUCUCGGGGAAUUCUCCUUUGAUCCGGCACAAAUCUUGGCGAAUUCUCCUCUCAUCCAGCACAAUUCUCAGGGUAUUCUGCUUCAAUCUAGCACAAUUCCCUGAGAAUUCUUCUUUGGAUUCUGGCAGAAUUCCCAGGGAAUUCUCUGUUGAUCCACACAAUUGUCAGGGAAUUCUCCUUUGAUCAGCACAGUUCCUGGGGAAUUCUUUGAACAUCACCAACACCAUUUCCAGAGAAAUAUCCUUUGAUCCGGCACAAUUCCUGGGAAUUCUCCUUUGAUCUGGCACAACUGUCAGGGAAUUCUCCUUUGAUUUUGGCACAAUUCCCAAGGAACUCUCCUUUUAUCCAACACAAUUUGCAAAGAAUUCUCUUUUUAUCCAGCACAAUUCCCAAGGAAUUUUCCUUUGAUCCAGCACAAUUCCCAAUGACGUCUCCUUUGAAACAACCUUUCUCCCUCUCAUCCAAUAUUCCUCCUACCCAACUUCAUGAGGUUUUAGUUCAGUGAUUCCUAAACUUUGUUCCUCUAGGUAAUUUUGGACUUCAGCUCCAAGAAGCCCCAGCCACCUAGGUCCGUGGCGAUGAACCUAUGGCACGCGUGCCCUCUCUGGCACACAAAGCCAUUUCUGAGGGCAUGCAGAGAGAUGGGAGAGUAGGAGAAGAGUAGGAUCAGACAUGUUCCUAUUCCCCGCCCUCCCAUGCCUUUAGCUCUCUCCGGGGAAGUCCCAUCCCCAGAAGUACUCUUCCUGGAAGGCAGAAGUCCUGCCCUCAGAAGGUGGAAGUCUUGCCUCCUAGAAGUCCCCCAUGGA